CCCUUCUAUCGCGUGGUGGAGAUCAUCCAUAUUGCUGCUAGUAGAGGAGAUUAGCUUGUAAUUUUAAAGAGGCUGACGAACGCUUUUUUAUAUGUUUUAAUUUUUCAUUAACCACUCUGCGUCUUAGACUGAAGGCUAUUUGGUCUAGGGGUGGAGUGGAGAAACGUUAGCGACUAGUUGAUCCGCGGAAUACUUCACAUUUUCGUUGUUGAAUUGAAGGCGAAUUUGGGGGUAUCGUGAGCAAGAGGGGAAAUGGCCACUCAGGUGGAAACUCUUCUUCCCAACAACCCUCUUGUCAAACAAGAGGAACAUGGACAUGCAAGCAAAAUGAUCCACGGAGACGAUUGCCUGGAUACAGGGGCGAAGCAGAAGGGUGUUGUCGACGAGAGUAGCAACGCCAAGGGAGACUGCCCCGAACAGGGUGGAUUUGUGAAGAAGGAGCAGAGCUCGAAACAGGCGAAAGAAGAGAGUAACAACCAAGAGAAGGACAACUUGGAUCAAGGGGCUUCUGACAACAAGCACACGGCCGGGGAUUCGGACGAUGACGCGAAAUGCAAUAGGAAGGAGUUUACUGAAGCACCACCGCCCAAGGUUAACCCCUGGACUAAGAAAAUGAACGCGGUGACCGUUGUCAGCGUGAAUGGACAAGCACACCAUGAGCCGACGGGGCCGGCCAAGGUGGUGAGGGCAGGAAACCCUCCUAGACCACGGAGAGGGGGAAAGGUUGGAGACUUCGGGGACGCUAACAACUGGCCGACCCCUGGAGAGAUGGUUACCAAGGACAUGACGACUGAGGCUGUGCCAGGGCCGGUGUCAAGCCCCGCCCCCGGCAGACAUGUCAGGGACCUGGGUUCAGCCCGCAGGUCCCCCGCCCCCAAGAAGCCGCUGGUGAAGAAGGAGUGGAAGGAGAAGAGGGAGAGCAACGAGGAGAGCAAGGAGAACCAGAAGGCCAAGUCAGAGGACUCUGGAGAGGAGAAGAACGGAGACGAGGAUGGACAGAGGAACGGUCAGAAGAAGAAAGGUAACAAACACAAGUGGGUCCCUCUGAUGAUCGAGGUGAAGUCUGAGGGUCCCCGCGAACGCUCGGCAUCCCGGAACAACACUCGCCAGAACGAGCCGGCCAGGAUGCCCCCCAACGCCCGCAACGACCUUCGAGACUGGCACAGCGGGAAGUACGAGCGCGAGUGGCGUGACGACCACGACGAGGUGUCCAGCGUGAAGAGCGAGGGCGCACCGUUCCGUGCCGGGUUCAGAGGGCGCGGGCGCGGCAGGGGGAGGGGCCGGGGCCGGGGACGAGGAGGCAGCCGAGGUCACUAUGACUACCACUACGGCUACAAGGCGUACGAGGGGAAGGACGGCGCCUGCGGCCAGAAGUUCAACAGCACCGUCACCUAUUACUAUGACAACAUGAGCAGCAACGACCUGUUCUCCGUGGACCAGGACCUGCUGAAGGACUACAUCAAGAGGCAGAUCGAGUACUACUUCAGCUUGGACAACCUGGAGCGAGACUUCUUCCUGCGGAGGAAGAUGGACGCGGAGGGUUUCCUGCCCGUGGCUCUGGUGGCCAGCUUCCACAGGGUGCAGGCCCUCACCACCGACGUCAGCCUCAUCCUGGAGGCCCUGAAUGGCAGUAAGGAGGUGGAGAUCAUCGACAUGAAGAUCCGUCGCAGGGUGGAGCCGGAGAAGUGGCCCCUUCCGGGCCUCGCCAUGGGCGACCAUGCAGGCCUCGCCAUGGGCAACCAUGCAGGCCUCGCCAUGGGCAACCAUGCAGGCCUCGCCAUGGGCAACCAUGCAGGCCUCGCCAUGGGCGACCAUGCGCAGACUGACUUCUCACAGCUCAUCAACUGCCCCGAGUUCAUCCCCCGCCAGGCGGUCGACACGCACUCAGGCUCUGCUCCGGGGUCGCCCAGGGCGUCGGCCCCCCUGCAGCCGCGCCCCGCUGAGGACUGCAGCAACCUGAAGAGCAUGCCCAAGGGCUUGUCAGCCAGCCUGCCAGACCUGGACUCAGAGUCCUGGAUCGAGGUCAAGAAGAGGCCCCGCCCCUCCCCGGCCAGGCCCAAGACCCCCUCGUUGCUGCAGAAGGAAGAAGCUCGUUCCCCCGCGUCCAGCCAAUCAGGGCUCAGCGCCGCCCCCGGAGCCUCAGCCGCCGCCGCUCCGGCCAAUCGGGAGGACGCAGAGGAGCCGGAGGAGCUGGACUUCAUGUUCGACGAGGAGAUGGAGCAGAUCGACGGGCGGCGGAACACCUUCACCGAUUGGUCGGACGAGGACUCGGACUGUGAGAUCGACGACCACGACGUGAACAAGAUCCUGAUAGUGACGCAGACGCCGCCGUACCUGCGGAAGCACCCCGGCGGUGACCGCACCGGCCAGCACACCUCGCGCUCCAAGCUGACCAACGAGCUGGUGAAGGUGAUCAACGACGGGCUGUUCUACUACGAGUCGGACCUCUGGGACGACACGUACGAGCCCGAGUACGCCACCAUCAAGCAAGAGGUGGAGAACUUCAAGAAGGUUCAUCUGAUCAGCAGAGAGCAGUUCGACUGUCUGACCCCUGAACCCCCGGUCGACCCUAACCAGGAAGUUCCUCCAGGGCCGCCCAAACCACAGCAGAUUCCCACAGACGCUCUGGCUGACAAGCUGUUUGGUGCCCCGGAGCCCUCCAUCAUGGCUCGCUCUCUCCCCACCACCGUGCCCGACUCGCCCAACUACCGCAGCGCCCGUACCCCUCGCACGCCCCGCACGCCCCACCGCAAGGACUCGGCCGUGACGCCACGCUUCUACCCCGUGGUGAAGGAGAGCCGGCCGGUGGACGCCAAGACCCCCAGGAAGAGGAAGACCCGCCACAGCUCCAACCCCCCCCUGGAGUGUCACGUGGGCUGGGUCAUGGACUCCCGCGAGCACCGCUCACGCACUGCCUCCGUCAGCUCCAACGCCAGCCCCUCCGAGGGCACCCCCGCCCUGGGGAACUUCGGCUGCACCCCCCAGUCCCUCCCCAAGUUCCAGCACCCCUCCCACGAGCUGCUCAAGGAGAACGGCUUCACGCAACACGUUUAUCACAAGUACCGCCGGCGCUGCCUAAACGAGCGCAAGCGGCUGGGCAUUGGCCAAUCGCAGGAGAUGAACACGCUGUUCCGCUUCUGGUCGUUCUUCCUGCGGGAUCACUUCAACAGGAAGAUGUACGAGGAGUUCCGUCAGCUGGUGGUGGAGGACGGGAAGGAGGGUUACAGGUAUGGUCUAGAGUGCUUGUUCAGGUACUACAGCUACGGACUGGAGAGGAAGUUCAGACCGGACAUCUUCAAGGACUUCCAGGAAGAGACCAUGAAGGACUAUGAAGCUGGCCAGCUGUACGGGCUGGAGAAGUUCUGGGCGUUCCUCAAGUACUCGAAGAACAAGAGCAUGGAGAUCGACCCCAAGCUGCAGGAGCACCUCAGCAAGUUCAAGCGCCUCGAGGACUUCAGGAUCGACGCCAGCAGGGACGACCCCCCGAUGGAGGACGGCGUCCGUAAGCGACACUCUUCCAGCGGGGACGGGCGUCGCCGCCACCCCUCCCAGGGCUCCAGCCGCCCCCACAGCCAGGCGGGCCUCGCCCCGCUCGUCCCGCACGCCAGAGACGACGCCAAGCCCAGCGGCCCCAGAGCCAAUCAGGACGCCAAGCCGCCAAAGUAAACCCCGCCCCCACAUCUCUCCGGGGGUCGUCCUGGACCUCGCGGAUCGUCGACAUGCUGUCUUCUGCUUCCCCCGUUUUUCUCUGCCGCUGUGGGGGGAGGGAGGGGGAGGGGGGCUUCUCAGCCGAUUGGUUAGUUGGACGCCGUCAUGAGCGUUAUGGGGGAAACUGACUUCCUGGCGACGGACGCAGCUCACGAUUAUAGAAACCACAACAACGAAGCAAUCACGGCUCUUCCAUUUUGAAUCUUUUUUUAUUUUUUUUCUUCAAAGCAAUGUUUUCCUUUUAGUGUGUGUGAGUCCUGUGUAGGCAGACAGAGGGCCUGAUGUGGAUGGAAUGAUUGGAGUUGUUCCAUGAUGACAGUUUGUUCCAUUUUUUUUUUUUUUCGUUGCGAAACCUGUGUGUUCUCUCCGUUGGUUACGAUGUUGGGAUGGGCAUGCUUGACUUCUUUUUAAAAACAAAUUGGAGGAUGUUUGAUGGCAACUGCAAAUCUUGUUCCCCCACCACACACACGCCCCUCUCUCUCACUGGACCCACACCCCUCCAAUCCGAUCAACAACUUCCUGUUAGCUGCCAGAUGAAAUAUCUUUUUAACUUUUUUGGGGGGAUGUGAGGGGGGGCCGAAUAGGACAUUGUAAACCGAUUCUUUGAGAAAUGAACAUUAGACUGGUUUAGGGUUGCUAAACUUCCAGGAAGAAAAAAAAAAAAUAUAUAUAAAAUAAAACCAAAUGAUCAAAGAGUAAACACACAAAAAAAACUGAAAAGAAUUACUCCCUCAGCUACAAAUUAAAUUGAAGUUGCCUUAUUUUAAUGGGUUUUCUGCUUGACUUGUGCCCACCACCUUAAUGUAUAUCGAUUGUACAGCGUCGAAAUUGUUAAUAUGCAACCUCACCUACAGGACUGGGCCACAUAGCCCCCGACGACCCCUCCACCUCCACAACCUAAUCUGCCAAACCAUCUCCACCCCCCCCCCCCCUCCACCAUUCUGAGCUGUCCUCCAUGUGUCAUAAUGGUCUGUUACAGAACCCCCCCCCCCCCUGACCUGUGUGUAGAUGAUAGUUUUCGGGGCGGGAUUCUCCUUCCCCCCCUCCAGCCCCCACCUCGCCCCGUAAAGACAUCCUGCAUCCAUCCAUCCGUUGUACUCAUACGACACCCACCCAUCCAUCCAUCCGACUGGUCACCGUGGCUACAGGACAGCAGUCGACACCUCAUCCGGAUUACUUGAAGAAUCAAAGACUAUUACUGAUGUGGUGCGGUACAGGUGCUAGGAGGAGGGGAGGGGAUGUUGGGGGUGGUGCCGGUUUCCCCCAGCUAAACCUACCGCCCUGGCUGACGUAUGACAUCCCAUCACUCGCUCUCUGUCGCUCGCUCGCUCUCUCUGUCUCUCUCUCACACACUCUCUGUCUCUCUCUCACACACACUCUCUGUCUCUCUCUCUCACACACACUCUCUGUCUCUCUCUCUCACACACACUCUCUCUGUCUCUCUCUCUCACACACACUCUCUCUGUCUCUCUCUCUCUCACUAAUGGAAGCAUUGUGAAACACAGCAAGGUCAGCUGAACGUGGACACUGUCUCUCUCAGACACACACACACACACACACACUACUUUGUGUCUUGCCUCUGAGAGAACACGCCUGUGCUUCGCUCUCCUGGAGAAGGUCCCCUAGAGAUGACCUUUGACCCCUCCCUCCAAGAAGCCAGUUUUGUUCUGGAUCCUUCCGAAGACUGGUCAGAUGAACUCUACUAAGUUAGCGCUGUGGAAAACCUAAUCCUUAUAACAAUAUCAAAACAUUAGACAAGUGAUUUAGGGUUUUCUCUGUUAAUGUAAAUGUGAAUCGUAUCAGAUGAAGAGAAUUGACGCCAUUUCCCAGCUACUGGUUUCAUUGUUAAUAGAUCAGAGUAUAUAAUUCGCCUUACAUGUGUACUACGUACAAUAUUUGUAUUUUUUUCUUUCUUUUAUUAGUCUCUUUGACGAAUUGUUGUUUUAUUGCUUUUAAUAAUUAUUUGCUGUGUUUCUAGCAUUGCUUCAGGGGGUUUCUUCAUCGCGUAUCGUUAACACAGCAGGGGCCUUUCAUCAACACACAUCUCUGGGGGAAAAACUGAGACCACUGCCUUUUUCUUUCAUAAAAAAAAAAAAAAAAUGUUGAAGGACAAUUUUGAGUGAGGAACUGAGGGGUAACAUUUAAAAUGCCACUGCAAAUUUCACCAUUCUGUUCCUCACUCAAAAUUAUCCUUUUCAACUUUUUUUUUAUAUAAAUAGAAAAAGGGGCAGUGGUCAGUUUGUUUUCACCACCAGAGCUGUAGUAUACAGUAAAGGGAAGAGGGGGGGGACAAUUUGAGGGCGUAAACCGUCAUUCAGUGCACCUACAAAACAACAUUACAAUCAUUGUUGAUUAGCGGGAUUUUAUUUUCGUUUUCUUUGUGAAUUUUGUUUACAGAUUGCACAGCGUCAAGGCGAAGUGCCCGUUGAGGGCUCGCGCUCGACCGCAGUCGAAACCGUCUUUGAAUUGUAUGAUGAGCCAAAGUAUUAGGUUGAUGGUCGGCCCCACACCUCCCUUUAAACAUUUUAAUACACGUUAAAAGAACUCGUGCUAAAAUUGUCAUUUUUCCCAAAAAUCUAUUUUAUAUAAAAGAAGACACGUAAAUCUUAAUUGGCGACUUUCCAGACUGAAGUUGAAACACUGAUGUUGUUCUUGCUGGAGGCGAAGAAUGCUGAUUGGCUGAUGGGUUCCCCAACCCCGUGUUAGAACGUUCAGUUGUCUCGUCCUACUGUUCUCAUCGUUUGGUUCUGGUUCGUCUUUCGUUGUUUGAAGAGAGAAACCACGGGAGUUUAGUGAGAAAGAACUUUCUAUUUUUUUCUUCUAUUUUUUUGAGGUCUUCUGGGCUCAACUCGAGGGAUCUGCAGGUUCAAUUGAAGAUGCUUCUAUUAUUUGAUGAUGACAAUUCCUCAGUUGUUUUCUCAAGGAAUAAAAGACUUGGGGUGAAAAAAGAACAAAAA